AUGACCACUACGGACGUCAAUGGCAGCGAGGAUAUUCUUGACGGCUUCUUUAGCCGCCUGUCGCUGCCGUUUAAACCUUCAGGCGGCAGCAGCGGGGCCCCAUGGAACAAUGAAAGACAAAAACGACAGUUGCAGACGUCAGAGGCAUUGCAGCCGCGUACCCCAAAUAACACCUCACUUGAUGCCGUCACGAUCCCCAGCAAAAGUAGCAGCGGGGUGGGCGGUCUCAAGGACGGUGUUGCACAUCCAGGCAGCGCCAGCGCCGGUGUCUCUGCACAUGGUGGUGUAAAUCCGUUGGAAAUGCAUACCACCUCUCCCAUUUCUAGCGCGCCGCAGAAUCAGGGAUACGUGAUGGCGCCCUCCAAGUACACCACUGCGUUGGUUCAGCCUCCGCAGCUGCAGCACAGCAUGCAACAGUACCCCAUUCCUAUGCCUUCCACCACAAUCACGCCGCAAGCCACCACAGCACAAGCAGAGGAUGUGCCUGGGUCCGAUGCGUCGCGGCCCGCGCUUAUGCCAGGUAAAGAAGUGAUGCUGGAGCGGCUCAUGGCAUGCCUAGGCGAGUCCAAAGGUAUGGCGGCACUCCAGCUUGGGAUAGCCCAGGCGAUUGCUCCCUCCUCCCCCUCGGUGGCUGUUUUGAGGCAAGUGAUUGAACACUUGGAGGGGGACAUUGAGCAACUCCUUCAACUCCGGGACAUGUCUGCCGCUUCCAACCUCAUGAACGUUGAGGCGGCAAGGGACUUUUUCACCAAUUCAGAGCUGCAGUUGCCUAAUCAUCAAUAUCGGCAUCAACAACAACACCAGCAACUGCAUCAGCUGACCGACGCAAGCGGGGCGCCUCUUUUUGGAGCUCCUGCACAAGCAGCUGCGACGGUAGCUGCAGCACCGCUUUGCGACCAGGGGCUAUGGUGUCUUCCGGAGUCACGCAAUGACUCUAUCAAAAACGGCAGCCGCAAAUUGGCAGAUGUACCGGGCGCGACUGCUAUGAAGCGGCAGCAGCAGCAACCGUAUCAGCAACUCGAGACCACCAUCACGCCUCCGUCAGGACACAUCAGCCCGUAUGGUGGCGAAGGUGUGGUGUCUACGACGCAGGUAUAUCCAAUAACACACUCAUCGUAUAUUGCCUCUGGCGAGGAUCCUUCAGCUGCGUAUACUGCAUCUGCGGAGACGGGACAUAAUUUUAUAGAGACCUCUGCCGUGGGUCGUGGUCGGGGACACGUAGGUGCACUGAGUGGUCCCCCACAUCGCCCUGUGGAUCCACCAACCUCUGCGGAAGGUGAACUGGUGUCAACGUUUCUCGCCUUUGUAGAGUUUAAGCGACACCGAGUGCGCAAGUACGAGUGCAACAUAGACAUUUCCCCGGGACGCUACGUCAUGGUGGACGGGGAUCGUGGAAAGGACUGCGGUCUGCUUGUGCAGACCAUUAAGACGCUACCCGAUGGCUCCACCACCUCCUUCUGCAUGGACGGUACGUAUAUCAUUCCAGACAAGAUUAAGCUGGAGAAGGGACGUGUGCUGGGGUUGGCGACAGAGGAAGAGACCACCUACCUGCACAACACUGUGCAGCACUCAGAACGCGUGGCCCUAGAAACCUGCAGAAGGGUGUGCGCCGAAAUGGGCAUCAACCUCACCCCCCAGGACUGUGAGUACCAAUUCGACAUGGAGAAGGUAAGCUUCUACUUCAACAGCGAGCACAGCGUUGACUUCCGUCCCCUGGUGCGCGAGCUUUACCGCAUGUUUCGUGUGCGGAUCUGGAUGGAGAACACAAACCCAAACGUGAAGAAUGCCAUGCCCAUCACGGAUGCGGGGGGAAACGGCAACGAUGAGGACUUUGCCGCGGUGAGCGAGGGUACCGCCUCCAAUUAUAACCCGUACCACCACUCCCGUAGGCACGGCGGUGGCGCGGGCCCGGAUGCUAUGGGUGAAGACAACAGCAACGGCAAUGGCGCGGGUAGACGACGCGGGCAACGUCGGGGACAGCAGAAACACUCACAACGGAAGGACAACAGGAAGUAG